AAUUGUUUUAAAAGUAAUAAAAAUAUUUUCUUUUAAUCACGAUUGGGACGAAAGAAAAUUUUUACAUCGAUAAAGACCGAAUAAAGUAGUUUAAGAACUCUACCUCCCUAGAUUAUCGGUAUAUAAGAAAAAAAUAUCUGUAAUAGACUUAUCUAUAAUUUUCAACGAUUAGACACGCUUACAUUGCGAAAAAUUCUCUGUUGGACCAAAUGUAAGAAUUAGGAACGACUAAACUUCAAAAUAAAUUGAAGAGAGAGAUAAUAAUUUAUCUUGUACAUUAAGCAUUGUAAACAUAGUACACAUUUCAUCUCGUAACAAUCUCACAUUGAUGUGAGUCGACUCGUUCGGUGAUGCGCGUAAUUGUAAUAUGCAAAAAAAAAUUAUCUCGGAAUACGAUGGUCGGUACGGGGUGCAGUCUCGCGUGUAUGCACGAAUAGUUGUGACCGUGUUCGUGACGUAUUGAUCCUCGGUACCGUCUAUAGUGAUAUUUUCUCCGUCUCCCUUUCUCUCCGGCCUCUCGUACGGGUACGUUUUUGUUUAUUCUGCCCUGGGUUUACUUUGCCACCCCUUCCCUAACGGCUGGUGUUCCUUACGCGUUCAUUAUGGGACAAUACCGCUGAAUACGCACAUGAUAUAUCAGGGAAGCGCGAGAAAAAGAAGAGAAGGCGUUACGACACAGCUGACAAGAUACUGUCAUAAAAAUUAUUCCAGACUGCUUAUCAUCGAUUUUAAUUACUUUAGAAUGUUCGAUAGACCAGCUGAAAAUAAAGGGCACAUAUUUGUUUGUAUAUGUGCCCUUAAUGCAAAGUAAUUUAAGGGUUAAAAAGGCUCUUCGUUAAUUACCUCGAUGUGUUUCAACCGAAUAUUGAUAAAAUUUUUGUGAAAAAUAAUUCAAAUAAAAAAUGUGUAUUAUAUUGGAAAUACUUUGUGUCAGUAUGUUGUUUUAGAAAUAUUAUACUUCUUUUAAAAUUAAAAAGUCCAGCAUAUUUUUUUCCAUUGAGAGAACAGCUCUUAAAUAUUACUGGAAGUUGCAGGGAAGCAAACAAUUUGAAUUUAUUUUCUCUCAUUCGUUAAAUUGCGCGCAUCAUAUAAUUUUUAUAUCCAAAUUUUAUCGUAUUUAUCGGUUCGUUGAAUUAAAUCCUUCACCCUUUGAAGAAGAUAUCUUAAACUCGUAGAUAAAUUAUAUACUUCUCUUGAAAUUGCUUUUUCCGUUCAAUUAUCAAUGCACUACUUGUUAUUAUUAUUAUUCUGUCUUCUUUAUCCCACAAUUUUUCCCCACUGUUAAUGGCAAUAUUUUUUACUAAAUAUUUGUUCUGUUAUCCAAUUUUUAAGUUUUGGUUUUAUCUCAAAAUAGAAUAUAAACUGCAUACAAUAUUAAAUGUUAUUCAAUUCUUUUAGAAGAUGGUUACAGAGCUGGGCACAUCACGAACGCUAUUCUGUUUAUGAUAGCAAAAGACAAUCUCCCGUUUCGAACGGUGGAAAACGAAGGAUUCCAAUAUCUUUUAAAAACAACAACUCCUCUGUAUAAAAUCCCUGGAAGAAAAUCAAUAACAAACCUCAUGGAAGAUAAAUACGAGCUAUUGUCCAUGGUUGCGAAACUAAAGCUUUCGACUACGGACGCUGUAACUUUGACAACAGAUGUCUGGACGGAUACGUUAAAUACACGGAGCUAUUUGGGAGUGACUGCACACUUCGUAUCAGAAGACAAACUGGAAUCUGUAACGAUUGGCGUUACUUUACUCGAAGAACGACACACAGCAGAGUACUUGGGUGAAUGGUUGUUGCAAAUCUGCACCGAAUGGAGAAUUACGAAAGAGCAAGUCGUUGCUGUUGUAACAGAUAACGGCGCAAAUAUAUUGAAGGCCAUCACCGACUCUUUCGGGAAACACAAACACCUUUCGUGCUUCGCCCAUACUUUGAAUCUUGUUGCAAGUAAACUAAUCGAUGAAGAAUCAACAGUUCGUGUUACGUGCGAUAAAGUGAAAGCACUCGUUACGUUCUUCAAGCAGUCCGUAGUAGCGGCAGACGAGCUCAGAAAAUACACCGAGAAAAGGCUGAUCCAGAGUGUUCCGACAAGAUGGAAUUCAACGUAUUUUAUGCUUGAUCGAUUUAUCGAACUGUCAGAAAACGUUGGUGCAGUACUACUUAAGUUUCCACAAUCACCAUCGAUGUUAUUAGCAAGUGAAUUGCAGUUCGCAAAAGAGACGGUUCAGGUAUUAAAGCCUGUCGAGGCUGCAUCGAGAGAAGCGUGUGGACAAGUAUAUGUUACGCCCAGCAAAGUCAUCCCAUUAAACACGAACUGUCUAAGAAAUAAAAUUAAAGAAUUGGAUUUGCUCACAAGCGCAGGAAUAAAGUUAAGGGAGCUACUUCUGGCUAAUUUUGAUAAGAGGUUCGGAAAAGUUGAAUACAUAACUUUUUCGCUAUCUCGACGAUCUUGGACCCAAGGUUCAAAAAAUUGCAUUUUCAUAACCCAUUCGCGCACUCGCAAGCAGUACAAAAGAUUGCGAAGGAAAUGCAAGUAAUCAUGGAUUAUCCUGAUUCUCAUCUACAAUCAGCAAUACGAAUAGAUGAGAGGAAAUAUGCAUUUAAAUCAGAUAUUACUCGAUGUCCAUCAUAUCUGAGACCCUAUAUGUUGUCAUGCCCAAUUCCAAGAGAGCAAGUAAACAUACACUCAGAAAGUCAAUAUGGAUGUCUUCUUGCAUCGGUAUAUGAUACAGAAAUAAAACCUCUCAAAUGGGUUAAAAGAUAUGUACCAUCAGCAUUUGAAGUUUCUACGAAACUUGUUAAGACAGCUUUAGAAAUGUUGAUACCUGGUUUGAAUCUCCCAAAUUUAAUAUCUGACGAUUAUAUCUGUAGGUUAAUUUCUAUCUGUGCACUUUGGGAAGAUCUCAGAAGUGUACUUGGCUUCCUAGUAAGUAUCCACUUGGAAUGAUAGACAAUUAUUUCAUUAGUGGGAAGUUCCUAUUAGCAAAAAUUAAGAAUAUCUGGUACUCUUUCGCAUAUGACCAAGUAAUGAUGAUAUCAGAUACAACAUGGGCACGUUGUAAUGUCUUGAUGUAUCACCACCUCUUACCUACAUGCUUAAACAGUAAGGUGUCUCCCAUAUAUAUAGAAAUAGUGUAUUCAAUAAUAGACAAAAAUUUUACACAUUAUAAUAACCUCAUAUAUGAUGGGAUUAAGAACUGGGAAUCAAUAAUACUAGGUUCAUUAGUGGAGGAUUAUGACCCAUAUCCUGGAGGUACUGAAUUUUUGCAACCAGUUCUAAGGGAUAUGAAGGAUCAGGGGUUCAAUUUCAUGGUUGAUUUAUAUGAGUAUAUUAAAAGUUUAAAAUUACUCCCAGAUCAAUACUCUGAACUCCAUGGGUUGAAUCGACAUUGGGGUCAUCCAACAGUUGAUGAGAUUGGUGCUUGUAACAAAACAAAAGCCAUUAACCAACACAGACCAACACCUAAUUUUAAUACUAUUAGAGAAUCAGUUGGUUGUUUAAAGAGACAGUAUAUUGUAUCAUUCAUCCAAAGGCAUGGAAGGUGGCCUUCUGUUAUUAAUGAAUCGAAAAUUCAAAAUAAUAUACUGAGGACUAUGAUAUUAACGCAUGCAAGACACUUAAACUUACAUCAACCUACAAUAACAUUAGAAGAUUGGUUUUUGUUAGAAUUUGGGAAAGAAAUGGAAUUUGAUUAUCAUCAUGAUUAUACAGAACUUAUAGAAGAUAAAGCAAUAGCUCCACUUCGGAGUGAAUUCAGGACUUUAUUCAACCCUAAUGUUCUGGGGUACAAUCCUGGUAAAUCAAAAUAUAGUAGACGGCUUCUGAAGACAUUACUUGAUAUAGAAAACUUAAAUUUAGAAGAAAUUAUAAAUAAAAUAAGGAGAAGAGAGAUCCCUAGGGAAAGGUUCAUUGUUAUAUUGCACUCAAAGGAGAGGGAGUUAAAAUUAAAGCCCAGACUAUUUGCAAUGAUGGUGUUAGAAAUGCGAAUGUAUUUUGUUGUUACAGAAAAGAAUAUAGCAGAUAAUAUAUUUCCAGGAUAAUCCAUG